AUGAAGGUCUCCGUGGUUGCCCUCGCUGUCCUCGUCGCCGCCUUCUGCUACCAGAGCUCUGCUGCACCAUUUGGCUCCGACCCCCCGACCUCCUGCUGCUUCUCCUACUUCUCCCGGCAGCUGCCCCGGAGCUUCGUGGUGGAUUAUUAUGAGACCAACAGCCAGUGCCCCCAGCCAGGCGUUAAGGGCCGGCAAGUCUGUGCCAACCCCGAGCAGGAGUGGGUCCAGCAGUACAUGAACGACCUGGAGCUGAACUGAGGUCCUGCCCAGAUCCUGCUCCGUGUCCUGGCGAGCACGACCCAGCUGUGGCUGCAUCAGAAAUGCUUCAGUGCCCUUUAGAGCUACCUGAG